UAGAGGCCAAACCCCAGACAUGAUUCCUGGACAAUGGCUUCCCAGCAGGGGCGUCCAGCCUGCGGCCAAGAUGUCCCCAGUGGGGAAGAUGACCCAGGUCCCGAGCAGGAAUGUCUACCAGCAGAUCUUCGAGGCUGAGGUGCAGCUGGUCCGCUCCCUGGCGGCCACCAGGCAGCGGGCUGUGGAGUGUUCCCUGUCCCCGAAGAAUGGCAGGAAGCCCUUGAUGAAGAGGGUGGAUAUUCCUGAGGGGGAGAUGAUGUCUCCGCGGCAGCAGAAGUGGGUGCACAGCCUACCCAAUGACUGGGUCACGGAAAACCCUGUUCUCUACAGGGAAAAGGAAACAACCAAGAAGGAAAAAGCCCAAGAGAGUGAGAGCACCAUCGCUGCCCGAGAAGUCCGGGGCCUCGUGGACACCAUCGUUCCUGAGAGGACCAGCACCGUCACCCUUCAGGGGCGAAGAGACUACAAGAGGAGGGGCUCCGAGAGCGCUCUGGGGAGCCUUAAGGAGGAGAUCGCUCAGAUUGGGAUGGAAAUGGAACCUCUCAUCUUGGAGCCAGGGGCACUUCUUUUAAAAGAGCUGGCUGAGUCUGACGAAGACAUCGACAGUCUCUUCAGAAAAGCAGAAAAUGACAACAACCUCGAAGACUGCACCAUCCAAACCCUGCUGGAGCUGUGGGAUCAGGUGGCCGAGAGGUUCCUGCUCCAGAAGCAGGGGAUUCAGAAGCUGGAUGAGACCCUGCUCUUGCUUGAGUCCUCCCGGGCAGACAAGCUAAAAAGCGUGUUGAAGAAAUAUGUGGACAUCAUGGAGAAAACUUCCUAUCUCAUGCAGCCCGACGUGUACAGGCUGAUAAAUAAAGAAGCCAUGGUCAUAAACCACGCCCUGCUGGGCAACCAGAGGGCCGUCGCCCAGCUGUCUGUCCACCUGGCGGAGGCCACGCUGCAGCAGGAGCUCGAGAGCCGCCGCCGCUGGCAGGGCCUGGUCGGUGCCUGGAAGGCACUCAAGAAGGAGGCCCUGGUGCGGGGCUUCAGUGAGUUCAUGGCCAGUGAGAGGAUCCAGGCUCCGCCAGCCGUGAAGAAGGAGCUGGAGAGCAUGCUGGAGAAGCAGAGAGCCCUGCAGCAACAGCAGCUGGGGCAUCUCUGUGCAGUCUGUGACCUUCUGCCCCCCAGUUACAGCAGAGCCCGGCUGACUGAAUGGCACUCCUCUCUCGGCUCCCUGAACAAGCACCUCGAUGCCUACCACGUGGACUGCAUGUUGCGGAUCCGCCUGCAGUAUGAGAAGACGUGGCAGGAGUGCCUGGCCCACGUGCAGAAGUGCAAGAAGCAGCUGCUGGACUGGAAAGCCUUCACCGAGGAGGAGGCAGAGAGCCUGGUGAGCCCGUCCUUCUUCCAGAUGGUGGGAGUGCUCCAGAGCAAGGUGGAGGAGGAGCUGGAGUUCUUGGAUAAAUCCUUUGAGGCCCUGGCAAAGCAGACAGAGCGGCAGAGCUCAGACCUCUUCAGAUUCUUCCAGGAGGCCGUGUCGCUGUGGGAGGCACAUCAGAACGUGCUAUCUGUGCAGGAGCUGGAGCUCGAGAAGAGGAUGGAGCAGCAGCGGCAGAAGCACAGCCUGGAGAACCAGGCCCAGGAGGCCCACCUUGAUAGGCUCUUGGACCAACUGAGGCAGCAAAGCCAUGAGAAAACACUCAAGUUUCACCUGGAAAAAGCCAAAGAUUUCCUGGAGAAUAUGAAAUGCAGGUAUGAAGGUUUUCACGUCCUCCUGACAAAGGAAGUGAUGGAGUACGGAGUGAUCGUACUGAAAGAACUCAACUCCUACAGCGCCACCCUCAGCCAACAUUUCUAUGUUCGUGAAAUCUUUGAGCAGAACUUGGAUGGGAAAGUCAUCUUCAAGUUCAGGGAACCAGAAGCACAUGAAAAGCACUUCCAGGAGAGAAGGAGAAAACAAAGGGCUCAAGUAGAAAUGAGCAAAAGCAAGGGAAGCAUCAGUAGAGGGACAAGUUCCCCCAGGCCAGCAGAAGAGAUGGAAGAAGAAAAAGAUCAGGAAAUCAAGUCCUCCACAACUGAAGGGCUGGUAGGGAGCCAGCGUGAAGAAUCUGUACUGAGUGACGAGAUGGAUGAGUCCAGAGAGGACUCUAUUCAGGGAUUAGAAGAAAAGCAGCUUGAAAGAGACAGCUCCUUAAAGCCAUCCCUGAAACUGGAAAAUGUGAUGGUUCAAGAAGAGGAGAUGGAGGAGGAGGAGGAGGAGGAGGAGGAGGAGGAGGAGAACAAAGAAGGGGAGAAGGAGGAAGAGGAAGAGUCGGAGGAAAGGGAAGAACGUGAGAGUUUAUCUAUGGAUGAGGCCAAAGCCCAGGAAGAGAGUCUGGGGGAGGUCUCCCAUGAGAACAUGGAGUCCUUCACAACUUCCAGUGGAAACACUUAUUUUGUCUUCCUACCCCUGGAACAAGAAGAAGAGAGUUACAAGAGGCCCAAGUCCAACCUUUCUGCCAUUCUCAUCAGUGACACUUCCAGUGCCAAGUUCCUGGAACAAGUGAUGAUUCCAUCCAGACUGGUUUCAGAAAUUAAGAAACAACUUCGAGCUGGCUUCUUCGAGCACUUAGAGAAGUGGUUUGACCAACGUGCCCUCAAUGCCCGGGUCAUCAUGGCCACCAAGAUUGAUGAGCUGCAUUCAGAACUGGAGCUGCGUCUGCACCUGCACCAGCCAAGAGCCCAGCACAUUGAAAAGGACAUCUACAACGUGAGAGCAGCUGAGCUCCUGCUUCACCAAGAGCGGCUGAACAGCCACUGUGCUGGGGUGGUUGAGACGCUGAAGAAGGAGAACCUGAUGUUCCACCAGUUCCAAGAAGAGCUAAACGUGAGGAGCAAAAACUUCCAACGCAAGAUUUACGACAUGGAGCACAUCUUCUUGAACGCCACAAAGAGCCAGAGGCUGGUCACCCUCAGCGGCACACUGCACCAGGAGCUGCUUAGCUACAUCGAUGUUGUCCAGGUGUCCCUGCGCAGCUUCCGCCAGUACUUGGAGGAGAGCCUGAGCAAGCUUCGCCUCACCAACGUUGAGUUCAUCAAGCACUGCAGAUUGUUUUCAGAGGGAGGCAACUUUUCUCCUGAAGAAAUUGACUCCCUGUGUCAUCGACUGGAGAAGGAAGCUUCCCGGAUAGAGUUUGUUGAAAGUUUAAUCAUGAUCAACAUGGAAAAGAUGGAGAGCGAGUACCUGGACCAGGCCAAUGAUGUCAUCAACAAGUUUGAAAGUAAAUUCCAUAAUCUGUCUGUGGACCUUAUUUUCAUAGAGAAAAUCCAGCGUUUGCUGACAAAUCUGCAGGUGAACAUCAAGUGUGAGGUUGCAAAAUCUAAUUUGCAAUCAGAUGGAUUAAAUUCUUCUCUGGAACAGCUUCAAAGCAAGGUAGAAGUGUGUCAAAACUCAAGGGGAGAUAAAAUAAUGGUGACCACAGAAGACCUCCUUGGCUUUGUCCGAACUUGGAAAGAAAAACUGAGCCAGAGGAUUCAGUACCUCAACUGCAGACUGGACAAGGUAUCCGAGACUCAAGUAGUCUUUACUGACAACAUUUUGACUGACCUGGAGGUGGAGAGUGACAUCCUGGUGUCUUCAGAAGCCCUUGAAGAGGAGGCCAGGGUAGACCUGGUCACCCCUGAGUCCUUCACCCAGCCGAGCCGCAUGGGGAAGUCCAUGAUUGAAGACCCAGCUGUGGAGGUGAUCAAGAAGAUUCUGCAAUGUCCUGACUCAAAACGUUCAACCCAGCAGUGUGACAAAGUUCGGUCCCAGACAGGCUUGAAGCGACACUGGAACUGGGGAGAACAUUCCGUGAAGGCCUUGUCCAGUGCCACCUCAGCAGGGAGCAUCACUCGGUACUCCAAGCCCAACCGAACAGACAGAAAGUACCAGGUGCUCGGGGACAAGCCACCUCCUCCUGCUGAGGAUUUUAAAGGAAUCAUCCUGACCCUCCUCUGGGAGAGCAAUGAGCAUCUGCUGACCGUCGUGGAGGAGUUUUACCGCAAAGAGAAGCGCCCAGUCACCAGGCCCGACUGCAUGUACGAAACAUUUGACCAGUGCGCGGAGAAUAUCAGCAAGAAGAUCCUGGAGCACCAGGGCCAGACAGACGAGUACCACAACUCCUGCCUCAUAGAAUUACGGGCCCAGAUGAGGAGAUUUGAGGAGCUGCUGCCCCAGGUGUGUUGGCUGGUGAUGGAGAAUUUCAAGGAGCACCACUGGAAAAGAUUUUGCGACUCCAUCAAAGAGAUCCGGGGACAGUUCUGGGAACAUCAGAAGCAGCUGGAGAAAAGGAAGGAUGAAAAUGCCCAGAAGCUUCAUCCAAAUCUCGGACACCCUGCACAUGUCCAAGAAAUGGAGUCUCUAUGUCAGGGGGAAGAGGAAAGGCAGGAAGAUUUGGACACCGUGAUCACAACAGCCAGGGAGAAGCUGGAGGAGUUCACCAGGAAGUCCAGUCAGUUUUUCAUUGCCAGCCUGGCCACCUUCACCGAGAAGUUCCUGCUGCAGUUGGAUGAAGUGCUGACCAUCGACGAUGUCCAGGCUGCAAGGAUGGAGCCCCUCAGACAGAAAACGUCAAUCCUCAUCCGGAGGAAACUCGCCGGGCUCUCCCUGGAGGAAGAGAGUGAGAAGCCCCUGAUUGAACGGGGGAGCAGCUUGCAGGACGGGACCUCCCGUGGUGCCAGGGAGAGCCCUCAGGCAGGGGCGUUCCCAGGGGAUGCUGUCGGCCUGCUGGAGACCAGCUCCCCAGCUGCCGCAAGUCACAUCUGCACGGCCCCUCCCAGCUUGCAGCGAGCUCUGCAGGCACUGGGCAGCACAGACAGCAGGAUGCAGACCUGGGCGCAGGACAGCCUGUGGUCAGUCACUCUCCACCUCCGUCUGGACAAAGUCCUAGUGGGUGCGGGAGGCUGGAGGAAGCAGGCUUCCAGUGAGGGGGCACCUGACCGUGAGCUCCUGGCGGGCAGGGGCCGCUCCGUCCUGUUCAGCCCCGCACUUGGCCGCCAGGGCACUGGCUCAGGCGAGUGCUUGGCGCAUAGCUGGUGCUCCACCCAAGCUCAGGGGGCCCCGCCGACACUGGAGACUGCCGCCCCCUGGUGGCCGUGA